CGCGUGGAGCUACCGUAGCGCCACCUACCACAACAUGCGCUUGAUUUUUAAAAUUGAUUAAUUAAAAAAUUAGAUAAAUAAUUUCUUAAUUACGUGCAUAAGACAAUAUAAGUGAUUUUGCAUAACCCCACUUUCAGUUGUUGACACAACACACAACACUAACCUCAAUUUUUUGUUUGGCGGUGCACGUGUUAAUAAUGGGUGAAAUAAAAACGGAGCCUCAAGACGGGGCCGACGACCAGAAGGAAGAAGAAUUGACCUACGAACAGAAAGUUAAUAACUGCAACGCAAUUGCAAAACCAAUGGCUUCGAAGAAAUUGACAAAAAAAGUAUACAAAUUGGUGAAAAAAGCUGUAAAACACAAAACGUACGUGCGGAAUGGCUUGAAAGAUGUCCAAAAGCGGAUUCGUAAGGGGGAGACAGGGAUUGUGAUUUUCGCAGGUGACAUAACUCCUAUCGAUAUAAUGUGUCAUUUACCGGCGGUUUGUGAAGAUAGAGAUAUUCCUUACGUGUAUGUACCUAGUAGGAGGGAUUUGGGGGGCGCAAUGGGGAUUAUGAGGGGUUGCAUGUUGGCGUUAGUGCGGCCUCAUGACGAUUACAAGGAUGUUUUUAAUGAGUUAACGGAGGAAAUUAAAACUUUAGCUGUAGAAUUAUAAGUUUCUGAUAAUAAAAAAUUCAAAUUUAA